GGGUUUAAUUAAAUAAUAAAAAGUGAGUAAAUUACUGAUGCAUUAGAUAAGUUUUAAGAGUUUAGAUACUUCAUGCAUCUUGACAAUAUAUUGUUAGGUGAAGAAUAAGUAAUCCAUGCACUUGACAUGAUAAGAAAAACUCUAUAAAUAGCAUGGGAUAUUCAAGUGAACAAACACACCACUACAAAAAACCUAAUUAUAUAUCAUUUUUAUAGUUGUACCAUAUAAUGGCAUCUCCGAAGUACCAAAUCGGUUACUGGCUUGCAUCCAAAGAAAAAUUAUUUUCAUCUGAAAAUAAGUCUAUUGUAUCCUCAUUUACUCACCUGUAUUAUGCCUUUCUUCAGGUUAAAAAUGAUACCGGAGAGCUGAUUAUCCCUCCCGAACUUGAGAAUGAUAUGAAGUCUUUUGUCAAGAGUGCUCAUGACAACCAAAAGAAAGCUCUAGUGUCUAUUGGAGGCCCGAAAACAAGCGAUGACCCUUCCUCCGCUAUCUCUAUGAUGGCAAAGAGCGCUGAAAAACGUAACAAGUUUGUUGAAUCGACCUUAGCUUUCGCUAAAGACUUUAGCUUUGAUGGUUUUGAGCUUGCUUGGGAAUAUCCUAAAACGGCAAAUGACAUGAGAAACCUAAGCAAUCUCUUCAACAGUUGGAAAUCUUCUUUGAAUUCAUGUAAUGAUAAUAGAAAGAACCUACUACUCUCAAUUGCAGUUUAUUGCAAACCCAUUAUUCCAAAUGCUACUUCGAAACAAGAAAUCAAAUACCCUUCCGAACUCGAAAGUUAUGUUGACAUUUUCAAUAUAAUCCUCUACAAUUAUUGUCCAGUCACUUGUCCACAUUCCCAAUUCAAGCCUAGCAACCCUGGCCCUAAUAACAGCAGUGAAGACUCGAUUAAGAGUUGGAUCAAUACAAGUGGAUUUUCGACCUAUAAACUAGUUAUGGGCAUUCCUUUGUAUGGAAAUCAAUGGACAUUGGCUGAUGAAAAUGAUUCCAGCAUUGGGGCACCAACUAUUGCCUAUUCUGGUCCCAUCGCGUACAAAGAUAUUCCUGAUCCAGAAGGUGGGAUCUAUGAUCAGGUUGUUACCAAGUGCAUGUACAAGGUUGAUAAAACUACUUGGUAUGGCUACGAAGGUUCACAAUCUAUAAAUGAAAAGGUCGAGUAUGCUAAGAAACAUCUUGGUGGGUAUUUCCUAUAUGCCAUCGGGGAUGAUGAUGAUGGUCAAACCAUGUGUAUUGCAGCUGCAGGUAUAAAAUACUAUCGUAGUCAUAUUAUUCUAUUUACUAAAAGGUCUGCGGUUAAAAGUAUUAAAGAUUAAUAAUUUACUAAGUAUUUUAAAUUUGUAAUAUUAAUAUUUUGUUUUUUGUGCAUGCAGAGCAAAUGGCAGCAAGAGAAUGAAGAUCUUGUUUUCCAAUUAUGAAUGAGGGUGGAUUUAAAUAUAUUUAAAUAACAGCAAAGUACACAUAAUUAAAAACUUUACCACCUUGAUCACUUUUAUCUGUUUUUGUAUUGUAUUGUGUAAUAAAUUAAAGGCCUAUUCGUUGGUCCUUUUCGUGCAAGAGAGGAAUCUCGACCACCUUAUCUUGGUGUAAGAGUAACUUCAUUUUGCACUACCUAAUAAGAUUGUCAUUGUUUGUGUGCUUUUUA